AUGCCCACAAAGAAGCACACCCUCUCCAAUGACUCUGACGACGAGGUCGCCACCAAGAAGGUCAAGAAGGCCAGUACCGCUACUCCUGUCAAGUGGACGCCCGAGGAAGAAGCCAUCUUUGCCGAGCUCGCCGAGGGUAUCUUGAAGAAGCACCUGUGGGAUGCGGUCAAGGCGGACGGACGACUGGUGCACCGUAAAGCCAAUGGCAUAUACAUGCGGAUUGGUACGAUGGUGAAGAAGAUGAUCAAGAGCUAG